AUGCUUGUAAGACGAGUCUUCUCACUGGCUCCGAAAAGCUCGAGAAAUGUUGCGACGGCCGUAAAGAGAGUCGUCAAUUCAAGACCACCUGCGUCUUCCUCUGCCACCAAUGUCGUUGCCAACCCUGUUGCUGCAUCCAACGCCGAGAAUUCAAAUGUCGGAAACAAAUCUGGAGGAUACGGACAGCCUCUCAAUCGCACGAUCAAAGGGUACACAUUAGAGACACCACAGACCAAUGCAAGCAUCGUCAACUCCCAACCACACUCGAGCUCUGAAGUCAACUGGGCUGUCUCGUUUCAGGGCCUGGGGUCCCGUCCAUUUGACGACAAUGUGCAGACAGAAUUGAGCAAGCCACUUGCUCCAGAAGACAUCGAGGUCAAGCCUGACGGCUUGGUGUACCUUCCAGAAAUCAAGUACAGGCGUAUUCUGAAUAAGGCAUUUGGUGCUGGUGGCUGGGGACUGGUACCAAGGUCGGAGACUAUAGUCACUGACAAGCUAGUGACACGUGAAUACGCACUUAUCUGUCACGGGCAGCUCGUAAGCUUGGCCCGCGGAGAGCAGGACUACUUUGCUGAGUCGGGCAUUCCCACUGCCACAGAAGGCUGUAAGAGUAAUGCUCUGAUGAGAUGUUGUAAGGACCUGGGAAUUGGGUCCGAGCUAUGGGACCCCGUAUUCAUCAAACAAUUCAAGAAAACUCAUUGUGUGGACAAGUUUGUGGAGCAUGUAACCACCAAGAAAAAGCGUAAGAUAUGGCUGCGUCACGACCGCGAAGUUGAAUACCCUUAUAGAUAG